UGUUAGAUUUUUAGAUCGUCCUCCUUAAUAUGGUAUACACGUUGUGAAACCUUACACGAAGACACAAUAUCGCGCUACUUGGGUAAUUAGCCAUGCGGGCCUCUUCAGCAGCUGCUGGCAAGCAGGAAAUACCUACUUUAGAAGAGCAGAAGUUAUACCUCAACUUAUGCAUUCUUGGGAUUGCUGGAACUAACCUCCGUUCGGAGGGCAUUGAGCUUGGGCGGACUACAUUUCGGCGCAGCAACAACAAAGCGCUUGAAUAUGUCCUAUAUCGGCUCUACAGCAUUAUCGAGGGCAAGAACCGCGCCCAGAAGGACCUCAAAGGCAUGCUACCGGUCCUCGACAAGGUGCAGCAGGCGCCCUUCUACCAGAGGAUUGGGGACUGGAUGAUGGAGCUCAAGAAAUCCGGACGUCUCGAGCCCUCCGUAAUCCUACCCGUCUCAGCACUCAAGACGAACACAUCUAACAGGUUGGUGCUUCUCUUGUUGGAGCUCUCCACAAUCGCCCUUCAGCAUGACCUGGAGGCGUCGGCCCCAGGGACAGUCCAAUCUUUGUACCUGCCAACCACGAACGGAGGCAGCAAUGGCUCUGGCCUUUUGGAGGAUACCUUCCUUCCCGGGGACGUUCGCCUGGCGGUGGGUGUUACCCGCGCCAAGCAUGCGUGCAGCGACUUCCUCAGCUUGUCAGCCUCAGAGUCGCACGCGUUCGACUCCAUGGCGCAGCUGGUGCAGACGUUGAAGCGGAAGUACUAUGAGCUGCAUGCGGAGAAGCGGCGCCAAGACGCUGUGCUGGCUGAGGCUUCAGAAGAUGUUGUCAUGUCGACCGGGGCGGAGUCGCCGCUGUCAGGACCCAGCAGCCCGGUCUCCUCCAGCGCCAGUGUCCGUGCCUCCAGCGCAGCACAGUUUGGGGGGUCGUCCGCGGCCAAAUCGCUAACAUCGCCGCCGUCCGCAGGCGCUGCGUCAGAGCACUCGGGUCAGCUGCAGCAGCAGCACUCCCAGCAAUCGCGUCGUACCACGCGUAGCCGGGCCCAGGACGGCCAAGCCGCGGUGGCAAACCUCUUACAAUACCUGAGCAGCUUGGACGACUACCUACGCAUUCAUGUUGAGCUUAGCAAGGCGCUCAUGACGGACGGCGCGGAGGGCGGUAGCAGCAGCAGUAACAGCAGUGACAUGGGCGGCGGCAGCUCGGCCGGCAGCAAUGCAACCGGAGAGGAUGCCAUGUUCGGCUUCUCCCGGCCCCUUCAGCCGCAGCAGCAGGUGUUGCACCCGCACCAAAUUGACGGGGCAAAGCUGGCAGAAGCUAGCGCUGCUGCUGCUGCCUCGGCAGCGGCGAAGCAGUCGGGGCGUGGUGGGGUUGUUGGCGACAACGCGCAGCGGCGGCCUCCCAAGCACAUGCUGACGCCCUUUGCUCCGGAGAACCUAGUAGGCGCCGUAUUGUCCUUCUCCUCACUGCUGAGCUCGCUGGCGCCGCAUGUCGUACAGCUUGCCAUGGCCGGGGAGAAUGCAGGACCGCCUCCUCUGCUGCAGCCCCCUAGCCAGCCCAGCAGCCAUGCGGCCCACAUGGUGCACCAGCUGCAGGUGCAUGACACCGCUUGCAAGCAGAUUGCACAGCUGAGUCGGAAGUUCCAAGAACGGGCUGUCGCUUGCGAGCCGGUACUGGAAGCCCUGCGGGUAGCAAACCUCAGGGCGCAAGCAGCUAGAUGCGACGCCACUGGCUUCGGAGCCCAGAGCCACGACGAGUACCCUGGCUUAGAGGCCUCGCACAGUCUGCCCCUUCCGGACCCACUGGGCGCUCCGGCCCGAGCAGCUGACCCCUCCUCCUGCCUGGACAGCGCCGGACCACACGCUUCCGCUACCUAUGCCGGCAUGGCAGCCUCAGGCGCCUGGAGGGGCGCCUUCCACAGCACCGACGGAUCGUUGCUAUCCCCACUGCUGGCACGCGUGCCAUCAGCUGUUGCUGCUGGUGCUGGUGCAGGUAUCCCUAACAGCGGCGGCGCGAUAGGGAC